AUGGUCACCCACCAAGGCCGCAAUCUGGUGCUGGCCCCGCCAGUACAGAACUUCCUUCUCUCCGACUCGUGGAGCGCCGAGAUGACCUAUCUAGCGGAGAACGGCAUUCCCGCCAUCGGCGACAAGGAGUUCGACGCACUUGGUUAUAACGGCGUAAUAUCAGCAAAGUCAUUAUACUGGCUGUCACGCAAACGCGAAGAAGAUGAUGAAUGGGCCAUUGAAGCGGAACGCAAGCUUGACGGUGCGUCGGUCAGCACCAUUGCUAAGAACCGUGUGGGAACCAGUGAGUUUCCACACCUCGCUUUCCACGUCGACAACUCUGGACGCAACCCCAGAGAUGUGUUUGACGGUGCACACGACCCGGUGAAUGACGCCGCAAUGACACUCCUCAACGCGAUCGGGUGCGCGAUCGAACAUGCAGCAUAUGAGGGCAUACUGGACCGCGACGAAAAGCCAAUGUCGUGGGAUUCGACUCCACCAGUGACGCCUACCUCGCCAUGGCACAUCGCCGCUGUUGAUGCGGAGGGCGCCAACGUCCCGCGCAAGACCGUCCUGUGGGCCAACGUCCACAAUCCCUUCUGCCCUCGGCCCCGCGCCCGAUUCCUGUGGUUCGACAAGCAGACUGUCAUCAAAAAGCUCGACACAAAGGAGAUGGGCGGGGCGAUUCUCGGCGAUCUUUCUGCCACGGGCUACACGCAUCGUCAUUUUCAUCUCUGGCCGGCGAACGAACGGGUGGCAGAGACCGCUGCAGCUCUUUGCGCUGGAGCAAACAGUAUCCGGUGCUCCAUGAUCGUCGACCAGCGAUACAUCCACACCAAGCACCCGUACUGCCCUCGACCACAUUCAAUGUAUCUAUGGUGCCGGGACCAGACUGUGCGCGUUGAGCUUGAGGCAAAGGCCCUCGGGAAAGCGAUCAUGAACGACUUGUCCGUGGAAGGUUACACCCGGACACACUACUCUAAAUGGCCGGCCAACAUUCGUGCUGCAGAAUCCGCACCAGCGCCAGUCGUCGAAGAGGCCGCCCCGCCUUCGGCGCCGGUCUCAACGGUAUUGAGCGGGCCUUGA